CUAUGCCCGAAAAACAUGGCGCCCGAAUGAAGGACGCUGAGCGCGAGUGUUCAUCAGAUCCGUCGUCGCGUUUACACACACACAGCUGACCUGACGAAUUGGCCCGCACGCUUGCAGAAUGAGCAACUUGUCACCGUUCGGUGGCGGCAAGAAUCCACCGUGGGUUCGCAAUGCAGGUCAAGGUAUACAAAAUAUCCAGCAGCAAAUGCUGGGUCAAGCCAUGGGCGGUAUCGGUGGACAGCCCAUGGUACAGUACCAACAGCAGACUCAACAAGUUUAUCAGCAGAGCUUGGGAUUACAGCAGCCAAAUAUCACUAUGGCAUCGAUGGCAACCCUUGGUUCCAAUUUACCAUCGGGCAUAGCUGGACAAUUAUAUCCCCAGGUGGCUACAGUUUCUUAUCCGACACCACGAGCAUUGAACACAAACGCUUUUCAACCUUCCGUAGCUGGUGUUCCACAACAGGUGCAACAGAAUAUACCUUCAUCGUCGACAAAGCAGAGAGUUUUUACUGGCACUGUUACCAAAGUACAUGACAACUUCGGCUUUGUAGACGAAGACGUAUUUUUUCAAACUAGUAAAUCUUUUCCAUACAGUGCGUGCGUAAAAGGAUCCAAUCCUGUAGUGGGAGAUCGCGUACUUGUAGAAGCGUCAUACAAUCCUUCCAUGCCGUUCAAAUGGAAUGCUACUAGAAUACAAGUACUCCCUAUGGGUAAUAGCAGCAACAAUGCAAACACUCAACAAAGUAACCAACCUAACCGCCAACAGCAGCAGCAGCAGCAGCAACAACAGCCGAACAGGACGUCAGGCACUUAUAAUGCUGUACCUCCGCCCACAGAAAAUCCUAACAACAGUAGGUUCACGACAAGCACACCAAAUUCCAAUACUACCAGCAAUCGUAACAAGGUUGGCAGAGUAAGAGAAAGGUCUCCCCGCGAGCGUAGAAACGACGAUGAGGAGAUAGAGAGAAAGAGACGCCGUGAAGAACGGAUAAGAGAGCGCGAGAAAAAGGAGGAUCGUAGCCCGUCAAGGACCAGAAGGAGCAAAUCGCCGAGACCUCGUCGGCGCACGAGGGUCGUGCCACGUUACAUGGUGCAAAUACCGAAAAUCGCACUCGAUUUGCCUGAAGCAGAUGUUCUUGAAAUAAGGAGACGCUAUCAAAAUAUGUACAUUCCUAGCGACUUCUUUUCCACUAACUUCAGAUGGGUCGAUGCCUUUCCGCCGCAUAUGCCAUUUACUCUUAAUAAACCGUGCUCCUUCCAUGUUAUGCAUAAAGACGUCGAUCCGUGUUACGAAAAUACGGCAGUACUAGAGCCCUCGGAUGCUGAUUAUCUGUUCUCUGCAAAGGUCAUGCUCAUAUCUAUGCCCGCCAUGGAAGAGAUAUACAAAAGGUGUUGUGGCGUUUCUGAAGACAGGGAUCCGGAUCGCGAUUAUGUUCAUCCUACGCGCCUUAUAAAUUUCUUAGUAGGCUUACGAGGCAAAAACGAGACAAUGGCCAUAGGUGGACCGUGGAGUCCCUCGUUAGACGGGCCCAAUCCUGAAAAGGACCCGUCCGUAUUGAUCAGGACCGCCGUACGAACCUGUAAAGCACUUACGGGCAUAGAUUUAUCCAGCUGCACUCAGUGGUACCGCUUCCUGGAGCUCUACUACAGACGCGCAGAAACGACCCACAAGUCCGGGCGAGUGGUACCCUCUCGCGUUGAAACCGUCAUACUAUUUCUCCCAGAUGUUUGGAGCUGUGUGUCUACCAGAUUGGAAUGGGACGGGUUGCAACUCAGCUAUAAGAAACAACUGGAGCGAAAGUUGCUGCGUGCCGCCUCUAAUCCCGACGAUUUGGAUGCUGCCAAUGAGACCGAUGAGGCUGCCGUCGCUGAUCAAAAGGACGAUACUAUGCCCGAGAAGAAGGAUCCUACGCACUAUUCCGAGUUGGAUCCGAAAUCGAUGAACGUGAACGAGUUGCGUCAAGAACUGGUAGCUCGUAGUUUGAGCUCGAAAGGUUUGAAGUCGCAAUUGCUGGCGAGACUCUUGAAGGCUGUAAAAUCCGAGCAGGCCAAAGAGGAAGGUAGGCAAGACGAGGCAGACGAAAACGAGGAAGACGUCUCGCCACCGUCGAAGGAGGAGGAUGAUAAAAAGUUCCGAGACCAUGAUGAAGAUAAAAGAAAACUGUAUGAACGAGAACGUGCUGUACUUGAGAAGAGGUAUACCUUGCCGGAUUCGUCACACAUUAUCGUCCAUCCUUCUAGAAUGGCCAAAAGUGGAAAAUUCGACUGUACAGUCAUGUCUUUGAGCGUGUUAUUGGAUUACAGACCGGAAGAUACCAAGGAACAUUCUUUCGAAGUAUCCCUCUUUGCUGAACUGUUCAACGAAAUGUUGAUGCGAGAUUUCGGCUUCCGUAUUUACCGCGGGUUAUCCAAUCUCCCUGAGAAGACCAAGGAGAAGGACGAAGAUAAGAAAAAGGAUAAGAAAGAUGACAAGAAAGACGAUAAGAGGAAGGAAGAUGAGAAAAAGUCCAGUAAGAAGGACGAAAAACGGGACGAUAAAAAACGAGAAGAAGCCAAAGAUAAAAAGGAUGAGAAAGAUGCAAGAAGUAAAAUGGACGACAAAGACAGAGAAAAGGAGAAGAAUGAUGAUGAGGAGGACGAUGAAGAAGAUGAAUCUGACGAUGACGAUUCCGUGAAAGAUGGUAAAAGGGACAAGGAUAAGGAUGGAAAGAAGAGAAAAAUGAAACUGUACACGCACGAUCCUUAUCUUCUGCUGUCAUUCGUGUAUUUCGACCAAACGCAUUGCGGAUAUAUAUUCGAUAAGGACAUCGAGGAACUCAUUUAUACCCUGGGAUUGAAUUUGUCACGAGCUCAAGUACGAAAACUAGUACAGAAAGUCGUUACGAGGGAUUCUCUGCAUUAUCGCAAAUUGACGGACAAGUCGAAAGAAGACGAUUUAAAGGACGAGAAAAAGGACGAUAAAGAGAGCGAUAAAGGUGAAUCGGCCAAGGCGGAGAACGAAGAGGACAUAUUGCGCUCGCUUGCCCUCGGAAAUAAGAAGUUGUUGCCCGUAUUCGUGGGAAGCGGACCACCCUCGAAAAGAGCGCGAAGGGAGGAUUGCGUCGUGGAGAGAAAUGAUGAAGAAACAAUUCCGGAGGGCAUUGUUAUGUACAAAGGCUCAUUGUUAGAUGUAGAGAAACUUGUCAGUCAGCUAAAAAGAUCUGAGAAGGCACGAUUAGACACAGAGGAUCGCAUGAUGGAGUUGCAGCAUGAGUUAUCUAUAGUUAAUGACAAAUCCACGAAGCAAACCAAUAGUAUUAAGGGUCUUUCGGAAGACUUGAAAAUCUACAAGGACAAACUGCGAAAUACAGAAGAAAAGUUCAAGAAAGUCUCGACGGAUUGUCACAGUUACUUAACUGCGGUGAAGAAUAUGUAUCACAUAGCAGCGAAAAUGAUGCAAGGUGAUACGAGAAAGGUGGAGGUAGUAGAAAUUCAGGAUGAAAAAGUUGGCGGAGAGAUGAACGGCGCCGAGGCGGAGAACAAGUGUAAAACUGAUACCAGGUGGGGAGAUAACAAGGUCCAAGUGAAAAAAGAACCUAGCAUAGACGCAGACAAGGACAAGAAAUCCGACAAUAAAGCUUCUGUCAAGAAAGAGAUUACCGAGGUAGAGAAGGAGAAGAAAUAAGUAACAUUACCUAUUUAUUAUAGUAGGAGAUAUUGCACUGAUGCAAAUAAAAUAUUUUACUUUUAAUUUCGUGCUCACGCGCAUGUGCCGUUAGUGAUUCGUAAAACAAAAAGCAAAUGAAACUAGCGAAAGAUUUACACGGAGCAAAUGAAACUGAAAGAUUCACAUGAAGUGGUCAAGAUGCCAUUUUGUAACUUUUUUCACUCAAUUAUCACAUAAUAAUUCUUCAAUUAUUGAUAAGAAAAGCAUGCGUGAAGAAACUACAUCUAACAAAGAAAUUAUAUCGUCGUUAAAAUACGUUCUUAUUGCUUAAGUUGUAACUUUUUUUCAUUACUUCAAGUUUUCCAACAAAGAUAAAUGUAAAACGAUUCUUAAAGUAUCAUUGAUCUGCCAUUAUAUACCACGUAUUGAAAAACUAUUCGUCAUUAUUGUACGUUUGAAAAUGCGUUAAUACUAUAAUUAAUAUUAUUAUUUGCUCGUAUAAGUAUAACAUUCUUGUUAUCGAGUUAUUACUUUUCAAAGUGACUAUGUAUUUCUCAAUGAAAGUUAUUCGAAUUAACUUUAAUUAAUUUUAUAUAAUGCAUAAUUUAGUAUAAUAGAUAUAAUUAAUGCACUAUAUGUUAUUCUACGAUAUAUGCAAAGUUACACCAAUAUUUAAUUUCAAAGGUACAGUAUAUAAAGUCGUACUAUUGCAUUGUUAUUGAAUUUUGUGAGAAAUCUCAUCUCACUGUUGACAAUUUUAUAAUGCAAGCAUAAUUAUUAUUUGAAUUAUUUGAAAAUUGUUCGUCAAAUAUAUUUGAUUAUAUAAAACACAAAUAUAAUGAAAUCGAAGAAAUUAUAUCAGGAUAUCAAAAAAUUAUAAUCAUUGUCAAAAACAAACACUGUCAAAAGCAUCUUAUUGAUCAUUUCUUUUCAAAAAGAUGUGUACAGUAAGUAAAAUAAUCCAAGUCUAUGAGUUUUUUUUUGUUAACAAAACUAAUAGCCUAAUCUCUCUUUAAGAUUAGAAAGUACAGCAAAUUCAAAAUGUCUUAAAUAAUAGACAUACCGCUCAUUAUGUGUAUAUCCACCGAAUAUCUGAUACUAAUCCAAGCCGCACUACAAAAACGUGUUCUCGAACGUGAGUGACUAUACGCGAUCGCACGUUCAAUUGCCCAGAUUUGCAAUUCGCAACUCACGAUGCCAAGGAUACCAUUUUGUACAUAGUUACUUAUAUAGAAAUCUUUUGUAGUUUGUUAAUAGAAGGCCACGUUUUUCUUUUUUCCGAAGAAGAAAGUGGAAACAACAACACUGAAUGUAAGAGUAUAAAAAUGCGUGAAUAGUUCCGAUACAGUGUAUGUCGACGUUAUACGAAUUUUAUGAAAACUGUAAUUAUAUCCUUGGGGCACAUGGUAGUGAAAAAAUACAGAAGUAAUAAUAAAAAUUGUUUAGAUAGUAUCUGUAAUAUGUGUGUAGCGAUAAACGAUGUAUACCUAUUAUUGCGCUACCGUUCGCAUCCGAUAACAAAUUGUGCGAUCAUAUUUUUACUUAGAUAGUCUUAAAAUACACUUCAAAUAUAAUUUCAUACCUACAGCUAGCUAGUAUUUACUCACUUGCAAUCGGAUUUACAGUAUCGUUACUUUUACGUAAAUGAAAUUCAUGAUAAACGGGAAACGAGAAAUUUUCUAUUUUGUCGCUAUAUCUUAUUUGUCAUAUAAGAAAAAAGUACAUUACAAUCUAUGUAAAAAAAAACUUUUGAAAAUGGAUAUGCAUAUGAUUUUAAUGCACUUUAUUCUAUUUAUUUUGUUGUAUGGCGUAUUGCAUUGUUUGAAAUAUAUAAGUUUAUAUUGUAAUAAA